AUGCAACAUAUGCCGAGUCUAUUCAACUCUACUUGGUCCUUCCAGAAUCAGCAUGCGCAAGAUCGUUACUCGCCUCCUACUGAAGAGCUCGAUAACCUUUCUUUGUCGGGGAUUCAUUUGGCACGAUCAGCGCGUAGCACUCACGCGCAUGAAUCUCUGAACGCGUUGGACAUUGCUCAGAACAAAGGUCUUCUUGAUGUGGCCCCUACCCCAGGUUCCUACCCUUCGACGCCCUUUGUUCUUUCACGCUCCACUCUAGCUACGCCUGCCCUAGAGAACAAUUCGAUGCCAUCGCCCGCUCUUACAUUUCAUCAUAUGCAUCCCCCGACGCCCCAUAUCCAUCCAUCCGCCACUCCACUUGAGCCUUCUGCAGAUGAAUAUUCGAUGCCAUUAUCCCCGUCUUCCCAGGACACGGGCAACAGUCUCGGCCUCCAUCACAUGCACGCAGCGGCACUGCUCCCAACGCCAGUAUCGAAAUCACCUUCCACCCCAGAGCCGGAACCGGAGAUAGACAAUGCGCCCGACCUCGUCACCAAGCCCAAAAUCCCUCGCCCACCCAAUGCCUUCAUACUCUAUCGUUCGCACAUCCUCAAAAAAAUACGCGAGAAACAGCCAAAACCCAAGAAUAAAAAUCAGCAGUUUUUCAGUCGGGUUGCCGGGGAAGCGUGGAAUCGUACCACCCUCGAGGAGCGUCAGCCCUUCAUAGCAGAGGCAAAGAAGGCGCUAGAGGCUCAUCACAAGAAGUAUCCUAACUAUAAGUUCUCGCCUCAGCGCAAGGGUUCCAGGAUGAAAGGCCGUCUAGGAAGCGAUCAGGAGACUGGGGCCGACGAUACAGAGUCGAUCACCAAUUUUGUGGAGAAUGUCCUCGGUAUACAAGACAAGGUUGUUCAAGAAAAGCCCCGUAGGUGUCGUAGGAAAGGUCGUACUCAGCACUCUGAGGCAUCCACCAGCCGAGUCCACACUGCAUCGUCGCAAUCUGCGACUGUCCCAGCAUCGCCUGCCACGGCCUACCACGCGUUUGAACUAGAGCCAAUGCAACCAACUCCUUUUGUUUUCGUACCGCAUUAUGAACAUUGGAUGGGUUUAGUGGGUGCUCCUCCACAACACAUUCCUCCUUUUGAUACCGGAAUCAACACAGUACCUUCGCUUCCGUCUAUCCCUCAAGUGUUUCCCACUUAUCAUAAUACCUCUGGGCAAGGACUGACUCCAGCUACCUUCCCCCAUUUCUUGACUAUGACACAAAUGUCGCCGGUUCCGUUCGGUUCUGCCUGUCAUCACUCGGCUGAGCUGGGACCUGCCCCGGCGCCCUUCAUCCCUUCGUCGACCAUGCCGCAUACAUCGCUCGAUUCGUUUGGUUAUCCUGUCGACCACCCGAUGCUCAUUGCACCUCGACGUCCUUCGAGCUCUCAAGGUUUCUUUCGUCAGCUUGAACGCGGAGACGUCAUUUCCCGUCCAGCUUCUACAGUCCCUGCAGUUUCUUAUCCCAGUGACGUAGUCCAUGAUCAUGUCAUGCAUUCAUACAUGUGGAAUAGGACUUUUAACCUCGCGGGGGAUGGUUUUACUCUCCCCAGUGCCGACGACCCGUGGGACAAGUUAGUGGAUCUGUCCGAUGACGCUCAAGUAUAA